ACGCCCCAGGCUAAGAUCUUCCAAGUCUUUUGGAAGCAGUCCGGCGCGACUUACCAUAGCUACAAUAUUGUGCUUUGAAGCAAUACCACCUCUGCCCUCCACCGUCCUAUCUCAGCACCUGCCAUCUAUAUCGGCACGGCUUGCAUACAUCACUUUACAAGAUGAACCCGCAGGGGCAGUAUGGGGCAGCCCCGAGGCGGCCCAAUAAUGCUUACGGUCAGCCAAGUUCUGACGAGCUGCAUAUCCCUUCCAAUCCUAUGAAUCACGCUGCUGCUAGCCAGAUGUCUCCUCGAGACUUCACCACCGCGCCUGGUCCCCAGAUUAAGCUUGAUCAACCGCCCCCGCAACCUAGCCAUCCGCCUCAAUACCAGUCUUCCUCAGCAGUCCCCGGUGUCCUUCAACCAGGCCGUCCUUCUGGCAUGGGCAAUAAUCCUGCUCCGCCCUUGUCAAGUAUGUCUGGCGUCAUGCAACAUUCCCCGAGCGAAUAUGCCUCACCUUCCAAGCCUCCAUCGUUGAGCAUGUCGCAUACUUACUCGAGAUCGAGUCCCGCUGACCCUUACGAUACCUCUACCCCGUCUACCUACACUCCCUACACUCCCACUACGCCUGGGGGCUCAGCAAUUCCCGGCCAGUCCCAAUACAUGUCGCCACAAGAUCCCAAGUACGCCGUUCCUGGAUCUCAUAGGAGUAUAUCUAACACACCGCUUGGUCUCGCCGAUAUCAGGCCACGUGCCGACUCAAGCCUAUCUGACAGCCAGCCUGGUACCAUGGGAUAUGAGUUGCCCAACUCACAACCUUCGACGAGUAGCUAUCUAGCCCCUUGGGGUCUCUAUGCCUUCGAUUGGUGUAAAUGGAAACCACAUGGUAAAGGGGCUGGCAAGGUCGCUGUCGGUAGCUAUCUUGAAGAUGGACACAAUUAUAUACAAAUCCUUGAUACUAAGAUUGUCAACACGCCCCCUGACGUUUAUACCCCUGGCUCACCUAAAUAUUGCCUCGAAUUUAAAAAGAUUGCGGAGGCAACACAUUCAUAUCCCGUUACACGCUUAUUAUGGGAACCCCCGUCAUCACAAAAACAAUCAACCGAUUUAUUAGCAACAUCUGGUGACCAUCUUCGACUUUGGUCUCUUCCCGCCGACACGCAGUCAGCGCAUUCGAAUUCGAUCACCAAGGCCGCUUCAGACGCCCCCGGUCCCAAAUUAACACCUUUAGCCCUACUGUCAAAUUCGAAGACGCCUGACCACACAGCUCCAUUGACUUCCUUGGAUUGGAACACCGUCUCCCCAAGUCUUAUUAUCACGUCCAGCAUCGACACUACCUGCACCAUAUGGGAUAUACCUUCUCUAACCGCCAAGACACAAUUGAUCGCCCAUGACAAAGAGGUAUACGACGUUCGGUUCUGCGCUAAUAGUGUAGACGUUUUUGUCAGUUGCGGGCAGGAUGGUAGCGUGCGCAUGUUUGAUCUCCGAAGCUUGGAACACAGUACUAUCAUUUACGAACCUACCGCCAAAGACGAUAGAGACGCCAAUGGCGGUAGGAUAAGUCCUACGCUAGCCCAGCAGACGAUGACGAACGCCCCUCCGUUAUUACGGCUUGCCACCUCACCGCACGAUACUCACCUCUUGGCAACAUUUGCUCAAGAUUCCAGCAUCGUCCGCAUACUAGACGUUCGGCAGCCUGGCCAGGCGCUACUGGAAUUGCGCGGUCAUGGUGGACCGGUCAACACGGUCGAAUGGUCGCCUGGAAGGAGAGGCUUAGUCGCGACCGGAGGAGACGACUGCCAGGUACUGCUGUGGGACCUUAUGAACAGUUCCCCGAUAUCGGGCGGCGCCUCUUCGUCCUCGUCUAAUGGCGGAGGAGGGACGGAUAAGCAUAUUAAUCCCGUCGCGAGCUGGAAUUGUGAGUGGGAGGUGAGUAAUCUUGGCUGGGCUCCUCCGCUGGAUAACAGUGAUGGUGCUGGGGAUUGGUUGGGUGUCAGUGCUGGACGGGGGGUCUGGGGGGUGAAGGUUUGAAGUUUCGAGGUUCUGAAGGUUGGGCGGGUGAACGGCGAUAUCAUGUUUGUAGGCGAGCUUGUGAAAAUGAAAGUCAUUGUUCUAUUCGUAAAUGCGAUAUAGUGAGUGAGUGAGUUGAAUGGCAGCAUAACGAACGAACGACGCAGGCACAAUUUCUUAACUCAGCCUUCUCUACGAGAGUUUUACAUGAUUUAUAUCUUCCUUGAUUCAUUAUUAGUAGGAAAAUAAUGUCACCUGCUUAAGAGUACCUAUAUGGAGACUUGCUCAAGCACAGGUACGAAUACCAGGUACCUAAAUGUUAUACACCUGCCUAGCUGUCCAUAGAGAACUCAAGAGUCAAG